AUGGGCACGGUCCUGUCCCUGUCCCCCAGCUACCGGAAGGCCACGCUCUUUGAGGAUGGCUCCGCUACGGUGGGCCAUUACACUGCUGUGCAAAAUAGCAAAAACGCCAAGGACAAGAGCUUAAAGAGACACUCCAUCAUCUCCGUCUUGCCGUGGAAGAGGAUCGUGGCUGUGUCAGCCAAGAAGAAAAACUCCAAGAAGGUCCAGCCUAACAGUAGCUACCAGAACAACAUCACUCACCUGAACAAUGAGAACCUGAAGAAGUCGCUCUCCUGUGCCAACCUGUCCACGUUUGCCCAGCCUCAGCCCACCCAGCCUGCGGCCCCCAGCACCAACCAGCUGUCUGGAUCUCAGACCGCUGUGUCCUCUGUCAAGAAGGCCCCCCACCCCAACUCCAUUGCUCCCGGGACGCCCAAGCGGGUCAUCGUCCAGGCCUCCACCAGCGAACUCCUGCGGUGCUUGGGUGAGUUCCUGUGCCGGAGAUGCUACCGCCUGAAGCACCUGUCCCCCACGGACCCAGUGCUCUGGUUGCGAAGCGUUGACCGUUCACUGCUCCUUCAGGGCUGGCAGGACCAGGGCUUCAUCACGCCGGCCAACGUGGUCUUCCUGUACAUGCUCUGCAGGGACGUCAUCUCCUCUGAGGUCGCCACGGACCAUGAGCUACAGGCUGUCCUGUUGACCUGCCUGUACCUCUCCUAUUCCUACAUGGGCAAUGAGAUCUCCUACCCCCUCAAGCCCUUCCUGGUGGAGAGCUGUAAGGAGGCAUUUUGGGACCGCUGCCUCUCCAUUAUCAAUCUUAUGAGCCCCAAGAUGCUACAGAUUAAUGCUGACCCCCACUACUUCACUCAGGUGUUUGCCGACCUGAAGAAUGAGUGCAGUCAGGAGGACAAGAAUCGGCUCCUUAUCGGGCUUGACCGGUGA